AUGAAUAGUAUCAGACAAUUUGAGCUCAAUUCGUGGAUCGACACUCAUGAGAAUCAUGACACGUUGGACAUGUCAACAACGGUUUCGUCGCCUGCGCUGUCGAUUGACGACCUAAUUGCGUUAUCCACUGAUUCCGAGGCAACUAGGAGAGCACUGUCCCUAGGCUCUGUUCCUCUGACCUACGGAGAUCCUAAUGGAAGCGAAGACCUGCGACAUUCAAUUGCCUCUCUUUACACAAAUUCCCAAGUCACAAGCGGGCAUAUAAUAACGACUAGUGGGGCCGUGGCCGGCAACCACAUUGUUUUCUCUGCUCUGAUAUGUCCUGGCGAUCACAUUAUCUGCAUGUAUCCAGUAUACGAGCAACUCUAUAAGAUCAGCCAAGCGUUGGGUGCUGAGGUCACUUUUUGGAAGCUCAAGGAGAGUAACGGUUGGAGCGCGGACAUGGAAUGUCUCCGCCAAGCUAUUCGCGAAAAUACCAAGAUGAUUGUCCUGUGCAGCCCAAACAACCCAACUGGUGCAUAUCUACCUACCGCAGUGCAGCAUUCUAUCCUGAAAUUGGUCGAGGUCCAUGACAUCAUUUUAAUGGUUGACGAGGUUUUCAGACCGAUGUUUCACUUCUCGCCAAAUCACGAGGAGGAGCCAGCCUCCUUCCUUGAGAGUGGAUAUGAGAAAUGUAUUGUCACAAGCUCUUGCAGCAAGUCAUAUGGCCUUCCCGGUAUCAGAGUUGGCUGGAUUGCGACUCUCUCCCAUGACUUCAUACGUCGUUUCACUCAGAUCCGUAACUACACUACUAUAAGUGUUGGCUUGGUUGACGAGAUUAUUGCUGCAGAAGUACUCUCACCGAGAUGCCGACUAAGCUUGCUUCAAAGAAGUUCAGAUAUGGCAAAGGCGAAUCUUAGAUUUCUCAGGGAAUUUGUUGCCAAGAAUCAACUGAUCACUUGGACACCUACUCAUGCUUCAACUUCAACUUUGAUAAGGCUACACAACAAGGACGGAUCUCCCCUCAAUGAUCAAGAGUUUGCUCUGGAGUUCUUGAAGGCAAACAAUAUCCUAUUCUGCCCCGCUAGCCUCUGCUUUGAGGAGGGUGGCCAAGGCUCUCUUCAGGGCUAUCUUCGCCUGGGUUUUGUGAUGUCUCCCGAGACUUUUCGUCAUGGCUUGGAGAAGCUUGCAGACUUCGUGGAGGCAUGGCCCAUCUUUAAUAAGGCUGUUAGUGGAUAA